UCUCGGGCGGGGGGCUGUAGCUGCUCUUUAUAUGGAUUUAAGGCUGUUGUGUGUGAGACCUGGGGGGUUUUUUAAUCAGUGGCUGUGGCUCAGGUGGUAGAGUGGGUCAUCUGGCAGUCAGAAAGGCAAUGGAUAAGUCCCUGAAUUCUCCUGUCCACAUUUCUGAUUGGAUGCUCAAUUUGGGUAAAAAGGCAUUAUCUCAGCUUCAGUCCAUUUUGUUUAUCACUCUGCUCAUUUGUGUUUAUGUAUAUAUAUUUUUUUGUUUGCUUUUUGCUCACAUUGCCAAUUGUUUUUAGGCCAGGCAGUGGAAACACUGCACACAGUUUCCCCUGUGUGGAAGAUUGAGGAGUUCAAUUAUUAUUUCUCUCUUUUUGUAGAUUAUUUGUAUAAAGGAACUUUAAACUUCCCUUCUCUCAGUUUGACAGUCUUUUACUUCCCCCCCACUUUCACCUAUAUUUUAAAGUGCCACAGUGAUUCAUUUUUAUACCUGUUAGCCAGAGGUAACUGCAGUAUUUGCUUCUUGUUCAUCACAAACAACAUGCUGCCUGUCCUUUUUCUCCUUUUUAUUUCGUUUGAGGGUACAGUUAUAGCCCAAAACAAGACUACGAGUUCACCGACAACUCCAAUGACUCAAAAAGAAACAUUUCCUCCUCUAUGGGUGGUGGCCACGCCGGACUACCCGGUUGCAGCAGGACAAAAAGUCAGCCUAUACUGUAGCAGUUCCAUAAUAUCAGGGACUGGGACUUGGUCAUGGGAACGCCUGCGAAAUCAGAGCUGGGAAAAACAGGGAAACAGUAGGGAACUGAUCCUGACCAAGCCAGAGCAAAGUGGGGAGUACCGCUGCUGUUCUUCAGUUGUCAACUGCGCAAACCAAACCCACACAGUUUACAUCAUUUCAACACAAACCACGGUGGGAGAGAAUUUAGGAAUAGCAGCCUUCGUCUUUUCUUUUCUGAUCUUGAUCAUCAUCAUCGCUGCUUUUAUUUUUUUCUGGCUGGGCUUCCAAAGGACUAGUGGAACGGUGACCACCUCCAGCACUCCAGCAGUUAAAGAUGUUCCUGGACCUGAAAUUACAUCAACGGGAGAUGUUCCACAGCCUGACACAGACGUGUACAUAAACUACACUAACCAAGGCUACGCCGAUGUGGAACCCUCCAACGUGACCUGGGAGGGUGUGUACUCAAGUCUCUCGUGAAAGGAGAUCGAGACAUGCAGUGAAAAGUGGACUGACUAAAACAAGCCUGUUUUUUUUUAACUCUAUCUCUGGGUUAGUUAUUCGAAACUAGCAAAUUUGUUUACUUCCUGACUGAUCAGAUUUUAUCUGUUGCGCAGAAGCUAUCACACCAUAAACGUGGUUAAAACCCAGAGAAGCUGAGUGCAUCUAAGCAGGCGAUAGCGUUUGCACGUUUAUAUUAACUGGAAGCUUCUUGCUUUUCUUCUCCUUUUAAUCGUGACAUUGCAAAACUGAAAAACAUACAAAAGAUUUGUUGUUGUUGUUUUUUACAAAAUAUGAUAACAAAAAGUUAUAGUUAAUACAAAAAUACAAAAUUUGCGGCAACAAAAAAUCUCACAUUAGAAACACAAUUCAUUUCCACAGAUAUACAAUAAAUACACAUACUUACACUAGUUCUGUUUGUUUCAGUGAAUUAUCAGAUUUCUACUACAAGAUAUAAAUGAAAUGUCCCAACACUGAACACCAGAGAGGCAACGUACCCCAGGCAUUAUUGUGUUUGUUCCUUGGUGUCACAAUGCCUGAUUUAACUUGUGUGACAAAAAAUAAUUAAAGUUGUUGUCAGAGAGGACAGACAGUGCAAUUACAACAUACGUUGCUGACAUAAUAUGAGGUGUACCGACACAUGUACGUUACCCUGUAAUUUUCUCCUGCUUUUGUGUCCUAAUGUUGUGUCAAACAACGCGGCAGGAUUUGUGUGAGAAGAUGUCUUGUGUCGUCAUCGAGUGAUGCUAUCGUUCUGUAAA